AUGGAUCCGAGAUACUAUAAGGUGACCGAGGGUAGCCCGAAGAUGGAAGGCAACGAAGAAUAUCGCAAGUUAAUCGGUUACCUGCUAUACCUGUCUGUCAACAGCCGUCCAGAUGUCGCAGCGGCAGUUGGAAUAUUGAGCUGGAAAGUUAGUUGCCCAUCGGUGACGGACUGGACCGAAGCCAAACGUAUUGUACGCUACCUGCUACACACGGUUGACUACGGAUUGACACUUGGAAGGAGUGAUUGUGAGCUACUGUUGUCAGGAUAUUGCGAUGUGGAUUGGGCUGGUGACAGCACUGACCGUAAAUCCUGUACCGGGUACAUGUUGAGUCUAGGAGGAGGAACCGAGACUUGGGUGAGCCGGAAGUAG